AAUCAUUAAGCAACGUAACGAAAACUAAAAGAAAGUAGAAUUUUAUCACAGUACGUACAUAACACCAAAUAUGGCGUAUUACAAUUACAAUUUAAUCAACAAAAUGGUUACAAUUAUUUUUAUUCUGGUGCUAGUAAUUGUUGAUGUGACUAUGGUAUUCGGCCAAGGGACUCGUGUUGGAUUUUAUUCCAGUACGUGCCCAAGGGCCGAAUCCAUAGUUCAAUCAACGGUGAGGUCUCAUUUUCAGUCUGAUCCAACAGUGGCACCAGGAUUGUUGAGAAUGCACUUUCAUGAUUGUUUCGUACAAGGUUGUGACGGUUCCAUCCUCAUUUCUGGUACUGGCACUGAGAGAACAGCUCCUCCGAAUUCCAAUUUGAGAGGAUUCGAGGUUAUUGACGAUGCUAAGCAGCAAAUUGAAGCUGUUUGUCCUGGAGUUGUUUCAUGUGCUGACAUUCUUGCUCUUGCUGCUCGUGAUUCCGUUCUCGUGACUAAAGGAUUGACCUGGUCUGUCCCCACGGGACGCAGAGAUGGACGAGUUUCAAGCGCAUCAGACACAUCUAAUCUGCCAGGUUUUACUGAAUCUGUUGAUGCUCAAAAGCAAAAGUUUGCUGCAAAGGGUCUCAACACUCAAGAUCUUGUCACCCUUGUUGGUGGGCACACAAUUGGAACCUCAGCAUGCCAAUUCUUCAGCUACAGGCUAUACAAUUUCAACUCCACUGGUGGCCCUGACCCUUCAAUAGAUGCAACCUUUCUUUCUCAGCUUCAAGCAUUAUGUCCACAAAACGGAGAUGGCUCGAAGCGUGUGGCACUGGACACUGGAAGCGUGAACAAUUUUGACACCUCGUAUUUCUCUAACUUGAGGAAUGGUCGGGGAAUUCUGGAAUCAGACCAGAUAUUGUGGACCGAUGCUUCGACCAAGGUGUUUGUCCAAAGGUAUUUAGGCCUCAGGGGAUUUCUUGGAUUGAGAUUCGGCUUAGAAUUUGGAAAGUCCAUGGUUAAAAUGAGCAAUAUUGAAGUUUUGACAGGGACUAAUGGUGAAAUUCGUAAAGUUUGCUCUGCAUUCAACUGAUGCAUAUAUGUAUAUACUAAUUAGUUUCGUUCAGUUAGCGCAAGCUGCAAGAUGAAAUUGUUAGUUAUAUCCAAUAUCAAUAAAUAAAAGCAUUUACCCACUGAA